AAUUCCAUCUCCGACUUGAAAUCUUAAAAUUCCUUCACUUUGCAAAGUUCCAGUGAAUCGGAGGGUCGACUUUUGCUUCUGUUCUGAUUUGCAGUUUCAUCACAACUUGCUAAAGCGAAAAAAACUAACAUGGAGAAAUGGCUACAACCGGUGUUUUCAAAUCUCUUGGAGAACAAGAAAUUUAGCGACUGUCGCAUAUUGGUGGGAAAAAAGUCGUUCGAUUCGCACAAAGUCAUUUUGUCCAGUGCAUCGGAGUUCUUUGAGCGCAUGUUCCUCAGUGAUUUCCAAGAAUCCAAGUCGGGCGAAUUCCGCCUGACCGAGGUAGAACCGGAAACGUUCGCCGAGUUCCUUGCCUAUGUGUAUACCUACAACAAGGAGAACCUGGCGAAGAAGCCAAUCUUGCUAAUAAUGGAUCUACUUAGGUGCGGAUCCACUUGGCUUGUGACCUCGCUGGUCUCCGAUUGUGUGGAGAUCCUCAGUGACAAAGCGCCCAGUAUGGUCAUCACCGAGCUGGUCGAGCUUUUCCAGUACGCCCACAAUUUAAACAACAAAAUUCUCAUCAGAACUUCUACCCUAAACUUGAAGAACCGUUUUGGAGCCACCAUGAACUGCUACGAUGCACUGCUUCUGACCUCUGAUGCCUUUGAGCAGUACAUCAUCAUUACCGGGGGCGUGUUGGCCGAGAUCGAGCGGUUCAAGAUGAUCCAGUCUUACAUGACCGUAAACGGAUUAAUUAACCAGGAGGAUGACGAGUCUUCACCGGUUGUCGUCGACGAAAAGAACGAUGGAAGUGAUAGUGUUGACGGUGACUUGGUAAUACCUAAACCCACUUUUCAGGACAGUGAGGAUAAAGAAGAUAAAGAUGACGAAGCGGAUGGAGAGACAGAUUUGGUCCCCAAAGAUAACGAUGUGGAUAGUAAAAUUAAACUCAUACACCGUAAAUACAUUAAAAGACUACUGGGGUACAUAAAAUUCGACCAAAUGACUAAAAAUGAAUUCUACAGAACAAUUGGCAAGUCCACUUUGUUGAAUUAUAAGGAAAAAUACGAAAAACUAUACCUAACUAAAUAAGCGACAUAUUUUUUCAUAUUAUAAAAAAUUUCUGUCUUAAAACUGAAUGGUAUAAACAUAUUUUCCAGAAUCAGAAACAUUGAUCUAUAAUUAAGAUGAUACAAAGUAUAAGGUCUUUUAUUUCCUAUGUUGAGUAUUUUGCGUAAAUAAAGAUUUGAAUAUUGCAUACGAAAGAGAUUUAAAAACAGUUAAAAAAUA